AUGAUAUUGACGAAGCUGAGGCAGGCCGCGACCUCUUGCGACACAAGAUCAACUCACAGGAAGGGUUGGAUAAGGGAAGGCAAGAAGGCAAGCUGGCAAGCAACCUCAAAAUCAGGGACAGGGUUCAGGGGUCAAACAGAGCGGGUCAAACAUGGAAUGAUGACCGGGGCCAUGCGGGCAGUAGAAGGCACAUCUACUGGGACCAAUAGCUUGGGUCUGAACGUUGACCCGCUCGUUGGUGCCGAUGCUCAUCUUUUUCUGUCGAUUUUCUCGUAUUCUCAUGUCAGGGAGGCGAUUGUCUCUCCCCCCUUUGACGUUUUCACAUAA